AUGAGCACACUGAACAUAGGAUUAUGGGACAAGAACCGCCUGGCGACUCGUAAACCAAACAAGAAGAAAGCAAAAGUGAAGACGGAAAACAGCGAGACGCCUCCUGCGACACCCGAGGAAUCCUCUCCUGGCAAGGCAAGCGAUCUUCUUCCAGAACUGUCGAGCCAGCAUUGGGAGAUAGCGCGCCUGAUAGCCAUGGCUUACCGAUCGGCAAAGGAAGCGUUGCCCCAACCACCUCCUAAUGUGAUUCCAGAGCCAGCCUUCCCUGACAGUUCUUCUUCAACAUCCCGUGAAGGACCUGAAAAAUCCAGCUGUCAACUUCCAAAGGAUACUGCUUCACCAGGUACCUCACCCCUGCAUAACAAGGGACCAACUUACCCAGAGACUCCUCUGGCCUCAGAAAAAGUCCCCAAGAAGAAGACAUCUCCAGAAUGUGAACCUGGAGAGACCACCAGCAGUUCCUCGACCUUGCCACCAAGAACUAUCCCCCAAGCACCAUCCUGUGAUCUCUCAUCGACUUCAUCAUCCUCAAAGCAGGGAGCCGUAUCUCCAGGAGCUGUUAAAACGGCCGAGACUCUGCCAUCUCCUUCGACCUCUCCUGCCUUGAAGAAAUGCGAGUGCGGAUGCAUAAUUCACAACAAGCCACCUCAUGAGACUGAACCUGAAGCGGACCUUGAUGUAUCAUCAUCUAAGCCAUCGGUCCAAGAAACCUCCAAGGAUAUCCCGUCCAAAGAUCAACCUGGCACGUCUGCUGCGGGGUCAUGUCCAGGUGAUGAUCAAAGGUCAACGCUUGCAGGGGGUAAGAAAGGCUCUGUGAUUGUCCCACAGAUUAUGGAGAUUGUCGUGCUGCUUCUGAGGCAUAUGAUAAACUUUGCCAAGCAACUUCCUGGGUUCCAGACUCUCACCAGUGACGACCAAGCAACUCUUAUCAAAGGUGCUUUGGUGGAAUACAUGAUCCUCACUUCGUGUCCUCUGUACGACAUCGAGAAAGGCCAGUUCAACAGUGAGAUCUGGCCAACGCUUUCCAUCGACCCGGAUCAAGUAGAGAGUGCCGGGUUUAUCACUGUCAUGAAGUCUGUCAUGUCCUUCGCCAUUAAGAUGCAGAAGCUUGCCCUGAGUGAGGAGGAACUUGGUUUGCUCUAUGCGUUAGCUAUCAUAUCACCAGAUCGUCGUGACCUGGAUGAAGCCAUAAAGGUUGAGGAGCUUCAGCAGCCGUUGGUCGACGCUUUGCAGACCUGUGUACAGAUCAACCAUCCAAAGAAGUUGGGACAUUUUGCAAAGAUCAUCAUGCUCCUUACAGAGGUACGUAAUGCCACCGAAGCCUACAUGGACGACCUGAUGACCAUCCAACUCAGCGGGAGCAGACUUAAUCCCCUCCUUGAGGAACUCUUUAGUGACUAACUGGAGACUAUCAGGUGAACCAAGAACUCAUUCCACCCAUUGGAAGAUGAUGUUUUGUCGGAAUGGUCUUAUCUAAAGACAUUCUGCCUCGGGGCAAACGGACCUAAUCCCCUUCUUGAAGAACUUCUCAGCAACUAAUAGGAAACUAUAAAAUAAACGGGAGAUCCCUGUGGAUGAAGUCUUGUACAUUCCUGUUCAAAUGGUAUGCUACAAAGACUUUCCGAUGCGGAUGGAUUGAUUUCUUCAGUGACUAAAGGAAGACAAUCUGGAGCUCUGUCCAACCAAUUAUAAAUGAUGUUUGCUCAAAUGGUCUGCUCUGAAGAUAUUCUGACUCGGCAGGAGCAGGUUAAAUCCUUGAAGAUUUGAAAUUGUCCACCUCAGGACUCUGUGGCGGUGUUGAAGCAUUCUUGAAGCGUUCUUCAAUGACACACUGGAUCCCUCCUCCCACAAAGUCAGAUCCCUGUUGAAGAUGCCGUUGUGUUGAAAUAGUCCUCCUCGUGGACUAUCCAGUGGCAUUGGAGCAUCCUUGAAGCAUUCUUCAAUUAUAAGUUGGAUCCUUCCACCCACAAGGGGACCCAAGAACUCCAUUGAACAGAUCCCUAUUGAUGAUGCUUUGUAUGUUCUUGUUGAAAUUGUCCAUCUCGAGGACUAUCUGGUACAGUUGGGGCAUUCUUGAAGAUUUCUUCAACGGCAAUUGCCUAUUCCCCUCACCGUCUAGCCAAGUUGGAGCAUACUUUCAUCUUUUCCUGGAAGAACUCCUCUGUGAGAGACUCAAUCCUGCAUUAUCAAUCUACAAAUAGUUUGUUGCCUUUGAGUUAAUCACUCCAUUCCGUCUAAAAGCUGAGGUAUCAACAGUGAUGAUACUUUAGGAAAAAUUAAGGUAUAUCUGUCACUCCAUCUGAAGCAAAUUAUUAAUCUGUCAACAAAGUUGAUUCAUCCCUUUAAAGUGAAAUGGGCGGCAACAAGGGAGUGAAUUUUUAUUUGCUGAUCCCGGACUUUGAGAAAAGCAUUGGUGAUGCCUGUGAAAAGAGAAGUAUUUGGGGGAAAGCAAACUUGGUGUCCCAGCGAGAAUUUCUUCUGUCAAGCCUGCUUGGCCUCUGGCAACUGUCAGGCCAGGGAAAAGUGAGAUAAUGAAUUUACCAUAAGGCAAUUCCCAGUGGCAUUACAUAGCAUCUGCUGAUCAUAAAAUUCAUUCUACUCUGGAGGCGGUGCUGCACCAUCCCGAGUUUGCUCAAUCUCGAGAUUUUAGCCCGAUCGGCCCACUUCGCGAUUAAUCUCGAGAUUCAAGAAACUCCGUCUCCACCAUCGCAAGAAGAGCGAUUCCUGCUCGAGCGAGGCAACAAGCCCGAUAUUCCGAGCAUGCGCACUUUCGGAUCUUGGAGUUUCAACAGCCCGCGCUUUUGAAUAACUUCCCGCGAUAUGCAAGUAAUGUACUCCUUUCACUAGCACUUUCGCCGAAUACGACCGGUGUUAUGCAACAAUCCUCUCAGCUCAGCGAGUGAAGAAGUGAUGUAUUCUUCGUUAAAUAUGAUGGCGGAGUAGGAGGCAACGACAGAGAGAGAGAGAGUGAUUUUAUAUCCAAAUGACGUAAAAUUCUCUAUAAAAACACACAAUAAUAAACGUGUAAUAGUCAAUUAGACAUUUUCCAAACCUAGAAAUGUUCUUUUCAAGGAAGUUUUUUUUUAUUCAUGUUCCUCCUUUUUGGAUCUGACCUGGAGAUGUCCUUAUAUUGCAAAAGUGAGAAAAGAAAUGGAUUCUACACACCCU